AUGUCAAACAUUCGACUUCGGGAAGAGAUAUGUUGUUUGUAUGUUAUGUUAUGUUAUUUUCAAUACAGUCCAAGAAGUUUUAGAUUACUUGAAGAAUUAGAAAAAGGUGAAAAGGGAAAAGGACCUGAAUCAUGCAGUUAUGGCCUGGCAGAUGGGGACGAUAUUACAAUGACGAAUUGGAAUGGGACAAUAUUAGGUCCGCCUCACAGUAACCAUGAGAAUAGAAUCUAUUCUGUUGCUAUUACAUGUGGUCCAAAUUAUCCUGAUGUCCCACCGACGAUAAAAUUCAUUUCAAAGAUUAAUUUGCCUUGUGUUGAUGAUGUAACGGGUGAAGUUAAAGCAAGUUCGUUCCAUACUUUACGUGAUUGGAAAAGAUCUUUCACUAUGGAGAAUUUGCUAUUAGAUUUAAGAAAAGAGAUGGCUACGCCAACGAACAAGAAAUUGAAGCAACCAGCGGAAGGUACUACUUUUUAA